AUGGGCUGGGCUGACAAGGUCGACUCGCGCGUUGCCAAGAGUUUCGUCGGCCGUUGGUUCCGUCUCGAUGGCUCCGGUCAUCCCCGCGAGCGCAAAGGCUCCUACUUCCUCACCGAGAUGCGCGCCGGCCUCACCACCUUCUUCGCCAUGGCCUACAUCCUAGCCGUCAACUCGUCCAUCGUCUCCGAGUCGGGCGGCACCUGCGUCUGCAACGCCGGCCCCGAUGAUCCCCUUUGCAACGCCGACCAGGACUAUGCCAUCUGCGUCCUGGCCAUUAAGCGUGACGUCGUUACUGCCACCGCCGCCAUCUCCGCCAUUGCCACCUUUUUCGUCGGCCUCCUCGCCAACAUGCCCGUCGGCAUUGCGCCAGGCAUGGGCCUCAACGCCUAUUUCGCAUACACCGUCGUCGGCUUCCACGGCUCCGGACCCGUGCCGUACAAGGUCGCGCUGACAGCCAUCUUUGUCGAGGGCUUCAUCUUCUUCGGCCUCGCCCUGUUUGGUAUGCGCCAGUGGCUGGCCCGCGCCAUCCCAGCGUCUAUUAAGCUCGCCACCGGCGUCGGCAUUGGCCUCUACCUCACCCUCAUCGGAUUGACCUACAGCAACGGCAUCGGCGUCAUCGUCGGCGCUCAGGCCACGCCCGUCGAGCUCGCCGGCUGCCACCCCGCCAACCGCGACCCCAAGACGGGCACCUGUCCUGGCUCCGACAAAAUGCGCAAUCCGACCAUGUGGGUUGGAAUCUUCUGCGGCGGCAUCCUCACCGUCAUGCUCAUGAUGUACCGCGUCAAGGGCGCCGUUAUUGCCGGCAUCCUCCUCGUCAGCAUCAUCUCCUGGCCGCGCCCGACCCCCGUCACCUACUUCCCCCAUACGCCCGUCGGCGACGACGCCUUUGACUUUUUCAAAAAGGUCGUCACGUUGCACCCCAUCAAACAUAUACUCGACGUGCAGGAGUGGAAUGUCAGCGAGUACGGCGGCCAGUUUGGUCUCGCCCUCAUCACGUUCCUCUACGUCGACAUUCUCGACUGCACCGGCACCCUCUACUCCAUGGCCCGCUUCGCCGGCCUCAUCGACCCUGUCACCCAGGACUUUGAGGGCUCUACCCUCGCCUACAUGACCGACGCGCUCUGCAUCUCCAUAGGCGCCGUGUUUGGUCUGCCCCCCGUCACGGCCUUUGUCGAGUCGGGCGCCGGCAUCACCGAGGGCGGCAAGACGGGCCUCACUGCCAUGAUGACGGGUUUCUGCUUCUUCAUCGCCAUCUUCUUCGCCCCCAUCUUUGCCUCUAUCCCGCCCUGGGCUACCGGCUGCGUCCUCAUCAUUGUCGGCUCCAUGAUGGCUACAGCCGUCGUCGAGAUCAAUUGGAAGUACCUCGGUGACGCCGUCCCCGCCUUUCUCACCAUUGCCCUCAUGCCCUUUAGCUAUUCCAUCGCCGACGGCCUUAUUGCGGGUGUCAUGUCCUACAUUAUCCUCAACGGCUCCGUCUGGGUCAUCAAGAAGAUCUCGGGCGGCCGCAUCCUCCCACCCAACUACGAGGAGCGCUCCGGCUGGACCUACAAGAUUCCCGGUGGUGUUCUGCCGCCCUGGAUGGUGCGUCUGUCCAAGGGCGACAAGAAGUUCUGGAGAGAUGAGCCCCGUGUGACGACCGCAACAUUGACGCCAAAGGAGGCCGACCUUGCGUCGAAUCACGGCUCCGAGCAUGACCAGCCCACACCGGCUCCAGCUACGACCAUCUCCGAAGCCCAUCCGAAACAGCAAUAG